CAGAGACGCAGUAACUUAGUGUUUUAGUGAGCCUUUUAUAGAUUAGAAAUGCAUCAGCGUUCUUUUGAGCAAAUAGUUAUCUAUGAGAAUGCAAGCGCUGUUAGAGGUCAUGACCCAGAUGCAGAGAAGAAAGGCAGUGGCACAAAGAGAGACCUAGACACAGAUCCACACACAGGAGGAGACACUGCAUGGAGCAGAUGUUACAGAGUGACUGCUGUGUGUGUGCUGCUGCUGUGUGUUCUCCUGCUGACUGCCAUCACAGUGCUGUGGAUCAAAUUCAUCAACCUGACUAAAGAGAGAGACCAGUUACAGAAGGAUAGAGAGGACCUCCAGAUGCUUUCUAAACUAGGAGUUCAUCAAUAAAACUUUGCUCCAUGCACAAGCAUGGAUUGGUCUGAUUGACAGAGACACCAAGCGUGUGUGGAAAUGGGUGGACGGUACAGAACUAACCAGAGGCACUGGGUACCCAAUAAUACUGGGGGAACCCAAUAAUAAUGGAGGAAAAGAGGCCUGCACUAUAACUGGCUACAUGCCAAGUAAUGGGAAAACAGAUUUCCUAAAUACAUAGAAUGAUGGCAAGUGCUCUGACCUUUAUGGCUGGAUGUAACCUCUGAUGAUGCAGCAGCCUUGGGUGGGGUGGAGCUGCUUCACUUCAGGAUCCAGUAAUCCAUGCAGGUCAAUGAAAAAUAUUUAGAAUCAACUUUGAUUAACUUCAUUCUAAUAAAAUGUUCAGUAAACUCCUCAGGUGGGGAGUCUGGUAGUCACCCAUGCUUGCUUGUUCCUUUUAGAGUGUGCUUUUAACUGUGUGGUUUUCUGUGACAGACACUCGAGAGACAUGUUAAACCACAGGGCCUUCCUUUGUAGAUGAAUGUAUCACAAUCAGAAAACAACACAACCGGAUAAUUUGUUCCUGUUGCUUCAUAUCAGCGACAAAAAUGGUUUAUAACAGCAAUAAAUGAAUACCGUCAAUAUAAUGGUUACUGUCUCUAGAAGGUUCUAGAAGUAUUUAAGUGCUAGUCUAGUCUUGCUAACCACGAGAAGCCAAAGCUAAAGCACAGUUCUUUAACAAGAUUGAUGAGGUUUUGCCUGAUUUGUGUUCGUCUGUGGUACUGUAUUAAUUAUGCUCAGCAGACUAGUAAGCACAUUGUGAAAUUAAGGGCCUCAAGUGCUGAUCAAGAUCAAGCGCUGUUGAAUAAUGAGAAGGGAAGCCAUGUUGUAAAAUUACACUAAAUUGGCUGAGAUGUGAUAUUUACAGUUAGGACUAUUCAUGCAGAAAUACAGUAUUUGGCCCAAAUUAUGUGGACACCUGACCAUCACACCCAUAUGUGCUUGUUGAACAUCCCAUUCCAAAACUAUGAGCAUUAAUAUGGAGUUGGUCCACACUUUGCUGCUAUAACAGCCUUUAUUGCAUAUUGAUAUCUUAUUCAAAUAGCAUAGUGGUAGUAGUGGGCGAAAUUGGUUAAAUUACGUUGGUAGAGAAAGUGGCAUACAGAGCAUUCGAGUGAAUGACUAAUAUGUUGAUAUGCAAUGUAUGCUUGUGUUGCCAAGUGGAGAAAAUUAACAAAACUUAACGUUGAGCAUAAAUUGGUGGUGGGCCCUUUAAGAAAACUGUGUUUGCGACACUUGUAUUGCGGCGCUCCAGUAUUCAUUUUAUUUUAUUUUAUUUUACUCCAUUUAAUUUCAUUCUAGUGCAAUUCAAAAAGACUGAAUUUUCCUUUAUCUGAACCCUGAACUUUUUGAAGGUUGUGACUCUUCCUGGACUGAAUUUAUCAGAUUUUGAAAUCAGUGCUUAAUCUCCUGUUUUUUCUUUUUUUGUCAAAUAAGCACAACAGAGACAUAAGAUUUACUUUAUUUUAUUCAUUUUUUUUUAAUCAGUACUUACUCCCAUCGAUCACUGUCCUUCUGAGAGACAGCCGUCAGAAUAAAGCCCCUAAAAGAUAUUUUUUUGUAUCCUGUGCUGCUUCCUUACAACCCAUAGGCCACAUCUUGGUACCAGGAGUGGGGUAUUUUUAAUUCAUUUUGAAAUACGGUAGAGGUGAAGAUAGGUGCCGCUAGAAAACGGAGUGGAGGCUAACUUCCUGGGUGCAGUUGUCCAGUGAACAGAUGUCGGCUGGCUGGAGGUGGCCUGGUGAGGUGACGAUACUGCUAGAUGAAAGGAAGAAGAGUGCCUUAUCCGCAGAGGUCUGCAGCGUGCUUUCUGAGGAGACACCUAUCAAGAGACUGCCUAAAAGGGAAGACUGAAGUAUUCUAUGAGCAGUUGAGAACAUAUCCUUUGACUUUCAAACAAUUUUGAACUGAUUAAGAGACUAUUUUUGACCAAAGCAACUGUUCUCAUUUUGUUAAACUCAAGAAAAUUGUAUAAAAUGUCACAAUCAGAUGAGGCUCCAGCUUUACAGGGUGAAGAGUAUGGGGAUGAACAUGGUACAAGUAGUAAUAGGCAUGACAUGCACGAACAAAUUCAAGAAUUUAACAGAAAGCAUGAGGAGACUAUGGCAGCAAUUGCUAACUUGAUCAGAGAGCCAUCCAGGUCAUAUAUUUAUGUACCAAGAGAAAGUCAUAUACAACUGUUCAGUGGUGAUUUUAACAAAGAUGGGAGAGAUGUUGACGAGUUUAUUGAAGAAGUAGAGAGGGUGAUACCUGCUAAAAGUCAGACCACCGAGGACCAGUUAGACUUUGUCCUCUCACUUCUAAAGGGGGCAGCUUUAGAGGAGGUCAGAAUGCGAAUGGGGAAGGAUCCAAAACACCCAUGUGACAUUUUUGAAUAUCUGAGAGGAGCUUUCCGAGAAAAGCGCAGUGUAUCUCAGUUAUUGCAAACUUUCUAUAGCCGUAAACAAAUAGAAGGGGAGGAUAUUCGUGCCUACUCACAUGCACCGUCCCAGAUUCUGAAUUCUAUCCAGAAACAAUCACCAAAUGCAAUGGCAAAUGAGAGUAUGGCAAUUCGAGACCAAUUCAUUGAGGGCAUUAGAGACGCUAGCCUUAGGAGAGACCUUCGGAAGCUUGUUAGAGACAAGCCAGAGUCAACACUUAUUGAAGUGCGAGAUGAAGCUCUCAUGUGGUCUUUAGAAGAUCCCAAGCCUCGUGUCCCAAAAGUAAUCAGCAAUCGAAGUGUGUCUGAGACAGUUGAAGCCCAGUGUGCUGCUGUUGCACCUGAAACAAAAACAGUUAGUCUUGAAGAAGUUUUGAAAAUCAUAGCAGAACAAGGAAGGGCUAUAGGAGAGCUAACCCAAGCAGUGGAGAAACUCACCACACAGUGCAUCAAGUCAGAGCCUGUAACCCAAAGCAAACCCAAGGUGCAGCCAAGGUUUACAGGUGGUGGGCAGCCAAUUUGUUUCCGCUGCAAUGGUGUAGGACACAUUGCUAAGAGGUGUGUGAGGAGAAACAAGCAGGCUGUCACAGAGCAAGCUACUAGCUCUGGACCCCAGGGAAACACCCACCCUCGGUUGCUGUGAGCCAGACAAUGCAUUGGGCAGUCCAUUGGCUCAACUAGUGUGGAUACUAGUCGUGAUAGACUACUUGAGCAUGCUGUGGGAAAAUGUCCUGUUGCUAAUUUCAAAAUAAAUGGGGUGAGUGCCGCUUGUCUGCUGGAUACAGGAAGCCAAGUCAGCACUAUUUCUGAGAGUUUCUUCAGGGAACACCUGCUUGGUGAGGAUAAAGAUAUGCUCUCAACAGCAGGCUGUCUGAAGAUAACUGCUGCCAAUGGUUUGGACAUACCUUAUCUUGGUUACCUUGAGUUGAAAGUUGAAACCAUGGGUAUUGUCCUUCCUGAAUGCGGUUUCCUCGUAGUCAGAGACACGCUGAACUCCCCUCUUGUACCAGCACUAAUUGGCAUGAAUAUUAUCAGCAGAUGCCAACAACUGGUACAUGCAGAGUUUACACCACCCUUGGUGGGAAAUUGCAGUCUAAUUGGAGGGAGGCAUUUCAACAACUGCACCAUGCCAGUAGCCAAGAGAAGAGGACAGCAGUUCGUUUAGCUGGAAAGGACAUGGUUCACAUACCUGCUUCUUCAAUUGCGACGGUGAUGGCUAAAAGCACAAAACAUUUGUCACAUGAUGGCUCACUUGACUACCUGCUAGAGCCCCUGAAUGUACCAUUACCAGGUGGAUUGAUUGUUGUUCCAUGUCUGGUGGCCGCAGGGAAACUGGUGUUUCCUGUGCAGGUGGUGAAUCUUUCCCCAGAGGACAUCUGGUUGCGGGCCCGAAUCAGGCUUGGGACUGUAACUCACAUUGAGAGUUUGAAAUUAAAUGGGACAUGUGAGGUUAAGUUCCAGCGUAUUUCAGCUGAUAUUGAGGAAGUCACUGUUAACACCAAAAGCGAUCAGGUAUUGGAGAACAGCUCGAAAGAGUUCCUCAGCAAGCUACAUAUCGGUGGUACCCCUGAGCAGCAAGCAGAGCUGAGUAAUUUGUUAAUGCAGUUUUCUGAUGUGUUUGCUCUUGAGGAUGAAGACCUUGGUUUCGCUGAUAAGGUGCAACAUGAGAUCCAUCUAACCGAUAAUAUCCCAGUGACACAGCCUUACAGGCGUAUACCACCCACUCAGUACAAGGAAGUUAGAGAACAUAUCAGUAAGCUUCUCAAGAAAGGAGUAAUCCAAGAAAGCACUAGUGCUUAUGCUUCACCUAUUGUACUAAUGAGGAAAACAGAUGGUAGCCUUAGGCUAUGCGUUGAUUAUAGACAGCUAAAUUCCAAGACACAACGAGAUGCAUUCCCUUUACCUAGGAUCGAUGAGAGUUUUGACGCACUUCAGGGAGCAACAUUCUUCUCUUCAACUGACCUGGAGAGUGGAUAUCAUCAGGUUGCCAUUCCUGAGCAUGACAAACAUAAGACAGCCUUUACAACUCCAUUUGGGAUUUUUGAGUACUGCUGUAUGCCUUUUGGGGUUUGUAAUGGGCCAUCAACAUUUCAGCGUCUUAUGCAGACUACAAUGGGUGAUCUAAUUUUUCAAAUCAUGCUAGUGUAUCUGGAUGACAUACUGGUGUACGCACUCACUUUCCCAGAGCACUUGCAGAGGUUGGAAAUGGUCUUUAAGAGGCUAAAGGAAGCAGGUCUCAAAGUCAAGCCUGAGAAAUGCCACUUCCUGCAGCAGGAAGUGAUAUUCUUAGGUCAUCAAGUCUCAGCUCAAGGAAUUGCUACGGAUCCAGGGAAAAUUGAGGCAGUAAAGGAAUGGAAGGUCCCCAAAACAGUAAAGGAACUGCACUCAUCCUUAGGAUUCUGUAGUUAUUACAGAAAGUUCAUAGAGGGUUUUUCUAGAAUUGCUGGGCCCCUUCAUGAUUUAGUGAAUCUGUGUAUUACCCAGUUCGGCCAAGGGAAGAAGGAUUUCUGUGCUUUGUGGUCAUCUGAGUGCCAAUCAGCAUUUGAGCUACUGAAAGAGAAACUUACCUCUGCUCCUGUAUUAGGAUAUGCAGAUUUUAGUCUCCCGUUUAUCUUGGAGACUGAUGCAAGCCAUGAAGGCCUAGGGGCAAUACUGUAUCAGCAGCAGGGUGGUUGUAAGAGGGUCAUUGCAUUUGCAAGUUGGAGGCUUCGAAAAGCAGAAAGGAAUGACCGUUACUAUAGCAGCAUGAAACUUGAGCUGCUGGCUCUCAAAUGGGCGAUCUCAGAAAAGUUUUGUGAUUAUUUGCUAGGUUCUAGGUUUGUGGUUAUCACAGAUAACAACCCUCUGUGCCAUCUUAAAACAGCCAAACUUGGUGCAGUUGAGCAAAGGUGGGUUGCUCAAUUAUCUGUCUUUGAUUUUGAUGUUAAAUACCGCCCAGGCCGACAUAAUACAGCUGCUGAUACCCUCUCUAGGCAGCCUCUAGCAGGGGAGCCUACCAUUCCGGACGAGUGUGACGACUGUGUUGCCAUCUGUAACAUAAUCCGUAAAGGGACAGUCCUGGAGCCUGACUUAGUAAUUGCUAGAGAAAGGUGUUACAGAGUCCAACAGAUUCGUGCCUUGGAAUGUGGUGGAGAGACGUACAAUGACAAUCAGGGAAGCACUCAUACCUUGCCAGGCUAUACGACCGCAGAACUGGCAGAUUUCCAGAAGAACGAUCCUAUCAUCAGUUCUUUCCGACCCUUCUGGGAAAGGAGGAAGAAGCCUUCCCAUUGUGAAAGAUCUCAUCUAUCAAAGUCUAUAUUAUCGCUGAUAAAGCAGUGGAAAAGUAUCCGUGAACAGGAUGGUUUGCUUUAUCGUGUCGUGAACGAUCAGCAUCAUGGUGAGUGUCAACAGCUGCUCUUACCCGCAUGUCUAAAAGAAUCUGUCCUUGAAAGUGUGCAUGAAAAUAUGGGACAUCAAGGGAUUGAGCGCACAAUCGGCCUGUUGAGGAAACGUUGUUUCUGGGUCGGCAUGUAUAAUGAUGUAGACCAAUGGAUCAAAAAGUGUCAGAGGUGCAUCUUAACAAAGAUGCCACAGCCAAGGAUACAUGCCCCUAUGAAGCCAUUUCUUGCAUCCAGACCCCUUGAAGGUAGUGGCAGUUGAUUUUACCGUGCUUGAGCCAUCAUCUGAUGGCCAUGAAAAUGUACUAAUCGUGACAGAUGUUUUUACCAAAUUCACACAGGCAUUUCCAACCAGGGAUCAGAGAGCUAACACUACCGCCAAAAUCUUGUUAAGGGAAUGAUUCAUUAAAUACGGCAUACCUGAAAGACUGCAUUCUGAUCAGGGAAGAAAUUUUGAGAGCGAAGUUGUUGCUGAGCUGUGCAAAAUGUAUGGUGUGAAGAAAACCCGCACUACACCCUACCGGCCUCAGGGUAACGCUCAGUGUGAGCGCUUUAAUCGAACGCUUCAUGAUCUGCUGCGCACACUUCCCCCUGAAAAGAAGAGGCGGUGGCUACAAUGUCGCGCCACAUGUGACCACUGGAUACUCACCAUACUACUUACUGUUUGGAGUCCAUCCACACCUUCCAGUUGAUGCCCUGCUGGGUCAUGAGCAACCUGUAGACAGAAAGCAAGACUGGUUAGUGAUUCAUCAGGAAAGAUUGAGAGAGGCUCACAAACAGGCAAGAAAAUAUGCUGAACACAAGGCUGCUGAGAGGUUGGCCCCUUUAAAUGAAAAGGUCUAUUGUCCCAUUAUCAAUGUUGGUCAACAAGUGUAUCUGCGUCACCGACCUUUGGGUAGGAACAAGAUACAAGAUUCAUGGGGUCCUACUGUAUACAAGGUUCUAGAUGUGCAAGGGACUACAUAUACCGUUGAGCCCCUAGAGAGUGGUCCUUUCAAGAGACUUUAUUGAGCUGACUUGCGACCCUGUGUCACUUCUGCUCCUGAACCAGACUCCUCUGAGAACCAUCCUCCUAAAACACAAGAGAGAGAAGCAGAGUCCGAGCAAGUUGAAGUUCAGUCUGAUCCUGAUUUUGUUGUGCUAGAAGAAGUCACUUACCCUAGUCUGCAAGAGACAAAGCAGAUUGGAAGUUCUUCGGUAGAAGGUGAAGUGCUUGUAGAUCAGCCCGAAUUGAUUUUAGGGGAUACAGAACCCAAGCAGUUUAUUCCUGACACCAGUGCUGCUCUCAGAGUGGAAGAACCUGUGCUGAAGAAGCCUGUACCAACCCCUAGGAGAACAAAAAGAGUCAAUGCGGGUGUGCACUCAAACCCUUUCAAUGAACCGAGGUCCGCAUGUAAUGUAGUCUCACUCAGUCCUGAAGUCUUUUCACAAGUGUUGACAAGCUUGGGGGGUGUGUUCUUUAGGGAGGCCGUUAAGGAAGUAAAAAAUAUGUAUUAGAUCAUUGAGGACAAUGACAUUUAGCAGGGGAGAAUGUAGCCAAGUGGAGAAAAUUAACAAAACUUAACAUUGAGCAUAAAUUGGUGGUGGGCCCUUCAAGAAACUGUGUUUGUGACACUUGUGUUGCGGCGCUCCAGUAUGGAAAAUGUGCGUGGAUUUUAGUGUGAGCAGAGCAACGAACGUGAACUAGUGCUCUGAGUUUGAUGCCAUUGUUCUGAAUUUGACGUUUAUGGGUUGCACGCGUGAGGUGGAUCGGGUUUGAUCACGUUUGGGACACGUGUAAGGACUGGGUAUGUACAAUGAAUGUUAAUGAAGUUUCAUUUUCUUUAUUUAAAGCCCAGCGCAUUUGCCUGGUUGUAGUUGAAUCUGUCUGCAUUGGAAUAUGCAUGUUAAAAACAGUUAUGAGUGUUAAAACAUUUCAUACCUUGAUAAAAUUAUUAGAAUGUUUUUUUUUACUAAAUAUGUAUUUUCAUGGAAAACUGAGGAGUCUAAUAGUAAGCUAAUGUACUGUUUUCAUUUGAUUCAAAUAUUAGCCUCUACCGUAUUUCGUUUUAUUUUAUUUUAUAUUACUCCAUUUAAUUUCAUUCUAGUGCAAUUCAAAAAGACUGAAUUUUCCUUUAUCUGAACCCUGAACUUUUUGAAGGUUGUGACUCUUCCUGGACUGAAUUUAUCAGAUUUUGAAAUCAGUGCUUAAUCUCCUGUUUUUUCUUUUUUUGUCAAAUAAGCACAACAGAGACAUAAGAUUUACUUUAUUUUAUUCAUUUUUUUUUUUUAUCAGUACUUACUCCCAUCGAUCACUGUCCUUCUGAGAGACAGCCGUCAGAAUAAAGCCCCUAAAAGAUAUUUUUUUGUAUCCUGUGCUGCUUCCUUACAACCCAUAGGCCACACUUGUGACAGAAUGUUGAUGUUCAUCAUGUAGUAGGUGCUGAGGUGGAAGUUUUUUCUGUGAGACUGGGUUGGUGGUGCAGCCCGAUACAAAGCAGAGUUACUGAUUAUUUUCCAGUAACAGUGAAUUCUGUGUUUUAUUCCUCGUAUACCACAACAAUUUGUCAAUGUUUGUCAACAAUGAUUUUGUAUUGACAAAAUCAUCUGUAUAUAGUUACACCUUUAAUACUGUUGAAUAUCUGCAGAAAUUAAUGCAGUCCUGUUAUUGUCAGGUAUUUCCCCCUCACACUGAGCACUGAGUGCAAGAAGCGCUCAACUCACUUAAGCAGCCCAUAGCGUGACAGCGCAUGCUUCCGUAUUGUCAUAUGUUUUGUUUACUUUGCCACUUGUGUUUUGUUUUGGUUUAUGUUCUGUUUCUACCCGUGUCUUGUGAUUGGUUGUCUCUCCUAUGUGUCAUGAUCAUUCUCACCUGUGUUCAGUUUGCCCUUGAUUAAUUCGUGUAUUCAUAACCCUCGUGUUUCCUUGUUUGGGGCGAAGUAUUGUCCAGUGUUUUGCUGCCUGUUCAAACCGAGCUUUGUUCUGUGUUUUUCACUUCCUGUUUUGUGACCUUGCUCUGUUCCCUGCUUUGCAUGUUUUUAUAUAUUCCUUCCCAUAGCUGUUUUUUAUUGCCUGAUGUAUCUCUAAUAAAAUGCUUUUACUGCACUUCCAUCUAUCCUCAUCUAUCUUUGUGUAAUGAUGUUAUGAGCAAGAAAUAUGAUGCAAGUACAAUAUCUACAUCAUUAUAACAGAAUAAUGUGAUUUUGAUAUUUAUAUAACUGCUUUACUUAAACAUGAAUAUCUACAGUAUGCAUGAGAAUCGCAGCACAAAAGUCUUCACAAAGAGCCACUGACGCACCGUCCUCUGUUGUGACUUCCUUUACUGACAGCAGCAUAUGUAAUUCAGUGUACACUAGUAAGGAAGUGCAGCCAUUCUCUCGUGCUCACGCAGAGACACAGUAAUUUAGUGUUUUAGUGAGUCUUUUAUAGAUUACAGAUGCAUCAGCAUUCUUGUGAGUGAAUAGAAGUUGUAGUAGAUAUCUAUGAGAGUACAGACACUGUUAGAGGUCAUGACCCAGAUGCAGAGAAGAAAGGCAGUGACACAAAGAGAGACCUAGACACAGAUCCACACACAGGUAAGUGUUUAGGUUUGCAAGGCUAAACGUGUAUCUACAUGCAGAGAUGCAGUAAUUCAGGCGCUUAUAGAUUAAAGAUGUUUCAGUGUGUCCAGCAGUUCUGGGUGAAGAAAUGUGCCUGAAGCUUAGAGAGGUAGAGGAGAAUGGCCCGACUGGUUAGAAAUCAAUGGAAAAACAUUUCCACAAAAGAGCACAAAGACCAGGCCAUGUUUAUCCAAUCUUCAACCAGUUUCACUCAGUCUGUGCCCACUGUAGCCUCAGAUUCACCAACAACCAUGCUACAGUCAAGGUCACUGAGAUCACAGUUUUUUUCCCUAUUCUGAUGUUUGAUGUGAACAUUACCCGAGCACAUUCGAGCACAUUGUGAAACUAAGUGCCUCAUUACCACAUAUACUAUGCCAACAUGCACAUGCAGACACAAAUGUUAGCAUAAGGAAAAAAGUCUCACAUUUUGCGUACUAAAUUAACAAAAGCAUCAGCUUUAUUCUAUGAAUACUCCAACUCAGUAUAGUGCACAAUGGGAAAAAAAAAAGAUCAAGCGCUGUUGAAUAAUGAGAAGGGAAGCCAUUUUGAAAAAUUACACUAACUUGGCUGAGAUGUGAUAUUUACAGUUAGGACUAUUCAUGCAGAAAUACAGUAUUUGGCCCAAAUUAUGUGGACGCCUGACCAUCACACCCAUAUGUGCUUGUUGAACAUCCCAUUCCAAAAUGAUGAGCGUUAAUAUGGAGUUGGUCCACGCUUUGCUGCUAAUAACAGCCUUCACUCUUCUGGGAAGGAUUUCCACUAGAUUUAGAAUGUGGAUGUGAGAAUUUGUACUCCAUUCACUCUCAAGAGCAUUAGUGAGGUUAAAAAAAGAGGGGAAAUAUUUAUUUAUUGCAUAUUGAUAUAGUAUCUUAUUCAAAUAGCAUAGUGAUAGUAGUCUGUGAAAUUGGUUAAAUUACGUUGGUAGAGAAAGUGGCAUACGGAGCAUUCGAGUGAAUGACUAAUAUGUUGAUAUGCAAUGUAUGCUUGUGACAGAAUGUUGAUGUUCAUUGUGUAGUAGGUGCUGAGGUGGAAGUUUUUUUCUGUGAGACUGGGUUGGUGGUGCAGCCCGAGUUACUGAUUAUUUUCCAGUAACAGUGAAUUCCGUGUUUUAUUCCUCGUAUACCACAACAAUUUGUCAGCGUUUGUAUUGACAAAAUCAUCUGUAUAUAGUUACCUUUAAUACUGUUGAAUGUGUGCAGAAAUUAAUGCAUUCCUGUUAUUGUCAGGUAUUUCCCCCUCACACUGAGCACUGAGUGCAAAAAGUAUUUGCUCAACGCACUUAAGCAGCCCAUAGCGUGACAGCGCAUGCUUCCGUAUUGUCAUAUGUUUUGUUUAAUUCAAUUCAAUUCAAUUUUAUUUGUAUAGCGCUUUUAACAAUGGACAAUGUCACAAAGCAGCUUUACAGAAAUAAAUGGAUUCACAAAAAUAUAUUGUAAAUAUUUGAAUUUAUCACUGUGAAUUUAUCCCUAAUGAGCAAGCCAGUGGCGACUGUGGCAAGGAAAAACUCCCUGAGAUGAUAUGAGGAAGAAACCUUGAGAGGAACCAGGCUCAAAAGGGAACCCAUCCUCAUCUGGGUGCAAUGUAUAGUGCGAUUAUAAAUAAAUCCCUUCUAUUAUUGUGUACUAUAAGGACAAAUAGUGCAAUUGUGCAACCAAUAAAUUCAUCACAGUCUUCGCAAGAAGUCCGGUUGGUUAAAAUCUAUCCACUGUCCACUGAUGGAGUCCUGAGUACGAAGCUGCUCGUGGCAACCGCAGCCCCAAAGCCACUACAGCAAUCGCAGUCCCAAGCCUUUACAGUACAGCUCCCCAUAUGUGAUCCCCAAGCCAUCUCCACAGCCCCCAGGUGGCACCAUCCCCAGCAAUCCAAACAGUUCUUCAGGCCGUCCAUAUGGGGCCACCCCCAGCAGCAGCGAGCGAACUCAACCGAUGAGAACUCCAACCAGAAGUAGGGCAUCAGGAUGGGUCAAGCAGCGAGGAGGAGCAGAAGGGGCAUCAGGAUGGGUCAGGCAGCGAGGAGGAGCAGAAGGGGUCAGGAUCACUGGCAUCUCAGAAAUAGCAUGUGUAGCUCGACAGAGAGUGAGGGAGAGAGAUGGAGAGAGAGGAAGAGAUUGUUAGGUAAGCUUUUGUCCUCUAAUGGUUAAGCACAAUGUACUUUGCGUGCAGAGUGCAAGCAGGGACUCCGGCAAGACUAGCUAUGACAGCAUAACUAAAAGGGAGAGCCAGAAGCUAACACAGACAUGACGGAGUCCUGGGACAUAAAGCAGCCAGCCACUCCACCGUCGACAAACCUGAGUGAACGUGUAAGAGUGGGGGGGCGACAGCAUCCAAACAUUUCAGUUCACCACAACACUCUAUGCCUGUGAACCCUCCAGACCUGCCCCUGUACCUAAGAAAAAACUAUUCACAAAAGGCUUGACUAAACAAAUAUGUUUUCAGCCUAGACUUAAACACUGAGACUGUGUCUGGGGCCCCAAACACUAAGUGGAAGGCUGUUGCAUAACUGUGGGGCUAUGUAAGAGAAAGCUCUACCCCCAGCUGUAGCCCGCACUAUUCGAGGUACCAACAAAUAGCCUGCACCUUUUGAUCUAAGUAGGCGUGGCGGAUCAUAAAAGACCAAAAGUUCACUCAGGUACUGUGGCGCGAGUCCAUUUAGAACUUUAUAGGUCAAUAGUAGUAUUUUAUAAUCAAUACGAAAUUUGAUUGGAAGCAAAUGCAGUGUGUAUAAGAUAGGGGUGAUGUGGUCAUAUCUUCUGAUUCUAGUAAGGACUCUUGCUGCUGCAUUCUGGACUAACUGGAGCUUGUUUAUGCACCUACUGGAACAUCCAGACAGUAAGGCAUUACAAUAAUCCAACCUAGAGGUAACAAAAGCAUGAACUAAUUUUUCUGCAUCGUGUAGUGACAAUAUAUUUCUUAUUUUAGCAAUAUUUCUGAGUUGAAAGAAAGCGAUCCUAGUGAUAUUAUCUACAUGAGCUUCAAAAGAAAGACUAGAGUCGAUAAUCACACCAAGGUCUUUUACUGCUGCAGAUGAUGAAACAGAAAGGCCAUCCAGAGUUAUUAUGUAAUCAGAAAGCUUACUUCUAGCUGCAUGUGGUCCUAGUACAAGUACUUCUGUCUUGUCAGAAUUAAGUAAGAGAAAGUUAAUAAGCAUCCAGUUUCUAAUGUCUUUUACACAUUCCUCAACUUUAUUAAGCUAGUGUCUAUCAUCUGGCUUUGCUGAAACAUACAACUGUGUGUCAUCAGCGUAAGAGUGGAAGCUAAUACCAUGUUUAUGGAUAAUUUUGCCCAGAGGUAGCAUAUAUGGAGAAAAGAGCAGUGGGCCUAAAACAGAGCCUUGCGGGACACCAAACUUUACCUUAGUAUGAGAAGUCACCAUUUACGUUUACAAACUGAUAACGAUCAGUCAAAUAAGACCUGAGCCAGGAAAGGGCUGUUCCCUUAAUGCCUACUACAUUUUCCAGUCUAUCGAGGAGAACAGCAUGAUCAGUGGUAUCAAAAGCUGCACUAAGGUCAAGCAGCACAAGCAAGGAGACACAACCCUGAUCGGAGGCCAGCAGUAAGUCAUUUACAACUUUUACCAGUGCUGUCUCUGUGCUAUGUGUUUAUUUUUCCACUUGUGUUUUGUUUUGGUCAAUGUUCUGUUUCCACUCGUGUCUUGUCAUUGGUUGUCAUUCUCACCUGUGUUCAGUUUGCCCUUGAUUAAUCAUACUGAGCUUUGUUCUGUUUUUUUCACUUCCUGUUUUUUGACCUUGCUCUGUUCCCUACUUUGCAUGUUUUUAUAUAUUCCUUCCCAUAGCUGUUUUUUAUCGCCUGAUGUAUCUCUAAUAAAAUGCUUUUACUGCACUUCCAUCUAUCCUCAUCUAUCUUUGUGUAAUGAUGUUAUGAGCAAGAAAUAUGAUGCAAGUACAAUAUCUACAUCAUUAUAACAGAAUAAUGUGAUUUUGAUAUUUAUAUAACUGCUUUACUUAAACAUGAAUAUCUACAGUAUGCAUGAGAAUUGCAGCACAAAUGUCUUCACAAAGAGCCACUGACGCACCGUCCUCUGUUGUGACUUCCUUUACUGACAGCAGCAUAUGUAAUUCAGUGUACACUAGUAAGGAAGUGCAGCCAUUCUCUCGUGCUCAUGCAGAGACACAGUAAUUUAGUGUUUUAGUGAGUCUUUUAUAGAUUACAGAUGCAUUAGCAUUCUUCCGAGUGAA